UUUGGAUAUAUCCCAUGAAUGGUUAAUUCUCCAUUUUUUCAAUUUUUCAAAUUAACAAUAUAACGAAAUUGAAUAUUUAUAAAAGAGCCUCAUUUUAGAAGUCACCAACUAGUUAACCCUUAUUUUUUUUUGGGUCUUCUGCAUUAAAACAAAACAUAACAUGAAUGAUGAAACACCGCGCCAGAAACUUGCACCAAAAAAUCCUUAACUUGAGUUUCCACUCACAUUCCAACAGGAACAGCAACUUUCCGACGCAGUGCAACAUUCAGAUCUCCGAAAAUGGACGAAACGGCAACGUUGGAGCAGCAGAAGCAGUGUUCCACAGAAUGCCCCGAAAGAACACUGUCUCUUGGACCGCCAUGCUCACAGUCUAUGCACAAAACGGUCAAAUUGGAAAUGCCCGCAAAGUGUUCGACGAAAUGCCUGAACGAACCACUGCUUCCUACAAUGCCAUGAUAUCGGCUUACAUCCGAAAUGGUUGCAAUGUGACUGAAGCUUACAAGCUUUUCUCAGCUAUGGCUGAGCGAAACACCGUGUCGUAUGCUGCCAUGAUAACGGGUUUUGUUAAGGCGGGGAAGUUUCACUCGGCUGAAGAACUGUACGUUGAAGCCCCACGUGAGUUUUGUGACCCUGUGUGCUCCAAUGCUUUGAUAAACGGGUAUUUGAAAAUGGGUGAAACGAACGAGGCGAUGAGGGUUUUCGAGAACAUGGGUGAGAGGGAUGUGGUUUCUUGGAGUGCUAUGGUUGGUGGUUUGUGCAAGGAUGGGAGAGUUGUUGGUGCUAGGAGAUUGUUUGAUAGAAUGCCAACGAGAAACGUGGUUUCCUGGAGUGCAAUGAUUGAUGGGUAUAUGGAGAAAGGGUUAUUUGAGAAAGGGUUUUGUUUGUUUUUGGACAUGAGGAGGGAGGCUGUGGUGGGAGUUAACUCCACUACCUUGACCAUAAUGUUUAAAGGGUGUGGAAGCUGUGGUGGGAUAGCAGAGGGAAUGCAGGUACAUGGGUUGGUUUCGAGGAUGGGAUUUGAGUUUGAUAGUGUUUUGAGUAAUUCUGUUAUUACUAUGUAUUGCAUGCUUGGUUGCACUGACAUGGCAAGGAAAGUGUUCUGCGCCAUGACUAACAAGAAUGUAGUUUCUUGGAAUUCUUUGAUUUCUGGAUAUGUUUAUAACAAUGAAGUGGAAGCAGGUUAUGAGCUUUUUGAGGUUAUGCCGAAGAAAGACUUGAUUUCAUGGACAGCCAUGAUCACGGGGUUUGCUAAGAGUGGAAGAGUUGGAAAGGCCUUAGAGUUGUUUGAUAUGUUGAAAGAGAAGGAUGAUUUUGUUUGGACAGCUGUUAUAUCUGGGUUUGUGAGUAACAAAGAGUAUGAGGGAGCCUUGCAUUGGUUUAGCCGGAUGAACCAGGAGGGCUGCAGGCCUAAUCCUUCAACUAUUAGCAGUGUUCUAGCAGCUUCUGCUUCUUUGGCAGCACUGAAUGAAGGACUUCAGGUUCAUGCUCGUGCUCUGAAGAUGAACCUAGAAUAUGAUGUAUCUAUACAAAAUUCUCUUAUUUCAUUUUACUCUAAGUGUGGAAAUGUAAUUGAUGCCUACAGGAUCUUCAUAGAUGUUGUUGAACCAAAUGUCAUUUCAUAUAACUCAAUCAUCAACGGAUAUGCACAAAAUGGCUUUGGCGAAGAGGCUCUUACUAUCUAUAAAAGAAUGCAGAGUCAAGGGCAUGAACCCAACCAUGUUACUUUCCUUGGUGUUCUUUCAGCCUGUACUCAUGCAGGACUAGUUCAAGAGGGAUGGAAUUUAUUUAACACCAUGAGAUCUCGUUAUCAACUUGAGCCUGAAGUUGAUCACUAUGCCUGCAUGGUUGAUCUCCUUGGCCGUGCUGGUUUCCUAGAUGAAGCUGUUGAUCUAAUCCGUUCUAUGCCAUUCGAACCCCAUUCUGGGGUUUGGGGAGCAAUUCUUGGUGCAAGCAAGACCCACCAACGUCUUGACCUUGCUAAGCUUGCAGCUCAACAUAUUACUCUGCUGGAGCCUGAAAAUGCAACUCCGUAUGUGGUAUUAUCGAACUUGUAUUCUGCUGCUGGGAAAAAAAUUGAGGGUGACAUAGUAAGAAAGACCAAGAAGUCAAAAGGAAUUAAAAAAAGUCCAGGUUGUAGUUGGAUUACUAUGAAAGAUAAGGUUCAUAUGUUUCUUGCGGGGGAUCGAUCACACAGGAGUAUGGAAGAGAUAAAAGCCACUAUAUUGACUAUGGAUAAGGAGAUGCAGUGGUUGCAUUAUUGUGGGGUCUAACUAGCAGUCUCUUGAUUACUUUCUCUCUACCAAUGUAACUUCUCUCUGUUGCAGAAGUGUCAUCAUUACCUGAGCAAGCAAGCUUGGUUCACUUGGUGUAAGACCAUUCUCUUACCCCUCACUACUUAGUGUGUGACAUAUCUGCUUUGUCGAUCAUAAUUGUGCUAGACUUCAGCUAUUGUAUUUAUUAUUACUAACAAUGUAAGUGCUACAAUUAGUGUUUUGGAGAUAUUAGAAACUAAAAAGCUUAGUCUCUUAUAUAGCUGAUAUGGUAACAUACUACAUAUAAAAAUGGCUUAAUCCAGUUUUUGGUCCCCAUCCUUUGUCAUAAAUAUGGCUUUAGUCCCUCGCCGGAGCAA